AAGGCGAAGGAGAAAUUGGAAAAUGUCUUCAGAACAAUGUGUUCUCGCUUCUUUUGUGUGCGAUUCUGUAACUUCCUCAACCCAGAGCGCUUGUGUGAGUGUGCAAGCACGCCACUGCCAACGUGACUCUGUGAAAUAUGCCGCCAGCCGCCUGUUCCAAGUCUCUGGAGUGGGCAAACUCACGUGGCGAGCGUCGUGCAUCUUCUCCAGCUUUCCACUGAUGUCUGGAGUCUCCAAAGUCGGAUUGCACAGCCAGUCGUCGUCGAAUCACUAACCAGUUCAGUCGUCCCAUUCGCGCGAAUAGGGAGCCAAUAAGUGUGCCAGUCAGAGAUGCCCAGUGGGAACUCCUGCCAGUGAUCUGCUGGUCAGUGAAUGAGGUGUGCAAUCCACUAAUUGCCAUUGAAUUAUUUUUCUCCUUCAAACUGAACCUCUAUUGCGCUCCAUUGUUGUGUCGAUUACAUAAGACAUUCGAGAAAACACAAUCCAGACAUUCUCUCUCUCUCGCUGAAUCUCAAACGGAGAUUCCUCACCCAGUGCUUAGUGUUUACUCCACGGAGCUGACAUGGAAAUCUACAGAGGAUUAAAAAGUCUGUUCUUAUUUGCCACAUCUCUGUGCCAGUAAUUAAAUAAUGCCAGGAGACAACAGUGGCAAUUCUUCAGGUGCGCCAACCACCAACACCAGCGCCAGACAACAGAGCAUCCGGGAGAAGCACACAGUACAUUGGUUCCGUAAGGGACUCCGUCUGCACGACAAUCCCGCCCUGCUGAGCGGUCUUGUGGGCGCCGUGACUUUCAGAUGUGUCUUUGUCAUUGAUCCCUGGUUCGCCGGUAGCUCCAACGUGGGCAUUAACAAAUGGAGAUUUCUCCUGCAGUGCUUGGAAGACUUGGACCGAAGUCUGCGGAAGCUCAACUCUCGAUUGUUCGUCAUUCGCGGCCAGCCUGCUGACGCCUUGCCGAAGCUGUUCAAGGACUGGGGCACCACGUGUCUCACCUUCGAGGAGGACCCGGAGCCAUUUGGCCGGGUGCGUGACAAGAACAUCUCGGAAAUGUGCAAGGAGUUGUCCAUCGAAGUCAUCCAGAAGGUCUCGCACACACUCUACAAGCUUGAGAAAGUGAUUAAUGUGUCCAUGUUUUUGAGUUUUUGCAGCAUCAUCGAGAAGAAUAGCAGCCGUGCCCCGCUCACGUAUCAUCAGUUCCAGGCCAUCAUUGCCACCGUUGAUCCUCCUGCUCCUGCUGAGCCCAGCGUGACGCAGGACACCAUCGGCAAGGCCUACACACCAGUGUCGGAGGAUCACGAUGACAAGUACGGAGUGCCCACGCUCGAGGAGCUGGGCUUCGAUGUUGACAUCCUGAAGCCGCCCGUGUGGGUGGGCGGAGAAACAGAGGCUCUGGCGCGCUUGGAGCGUCACUUGGAGCGCAAGGCGUGGGUGGCAUCCUUUGGCCGGCCCAAGAUGACCCCGCAAUCCCUGCUGGCCAGUCAAACGGGUCUCUCGCCAUACUUGCGCUUCGGCUGCCUCAGCACAAGGCUCUUCUACCACCAACUCACUGAUCUCUACAAGAACAUCAAGAGAGCCUAUCCGCCGCUCUCUCUCCACGGCCAGCUGCUCUGGCGGGAGUUCUUCUACUGCGCCGCCACGAAGAAUCCCAACUUCGACAAGAUGUCAGGCAAUCCCAUCUGCGUCCAGAUUCCCUGGGACAAGAACGCCGAGGCUCUCGCCAAGUGGGCAAAUGGUCAAACGGGAUUCCCCUGGAUCGACGCGAUUAUGACGCAACUGCGGGAAGAGGGGUGGAUCCACCACCUGGCCAGGCACGCGGUCGCGUGUUUCCUCACGCGAGGCGACUUGUGGAUCUCGUGGGAGGAGGGCAUGAAGGUGUUCGAGGAGUUACUCCUCGACGCCGACUGGUCCGUUAAUGCUGGCAUGUGGAUGUGGCUCUCGUGCUCCUCAUUCUUCCAGCAAUUCUUCCACUGCUACUGCCCCGUUCGCUUCGGACGCAAAGCCGAUCCCAACGGGGACUACAUUCGACGAUAUUUGCCGGUCCUCAAGAACUUCCCAACGAAGUACAUCCAUGAGCCCUGGAAUGCCCCAGAAAGUGUCCAGCGAGCGGCAAAGUGCAUCAUCGGGAAGGAAUAUCCACUCCCAAUGGUCAAUCACGCUGUGGCCAGUCGCACCAACAUGGAGCGCAUGAAGCAAGUGUAUCAGCAACUGGCCAAGUAUCGAGGCACUUCCGGCAUUGACGAGACGAAGAUUGUGGGCAUCAUAAAAGCACAAAAUGCCUCUGACGAAGUCUGUUCAGGUCUCGUCCAGAGCAUGGAAGGUUCUUAUCUAGCCAGGUCAAAGCACAUCCAAGUGGGCCAGCAGCAUCCACUCCAGGAAGCCUAUCCCGCUCAAUUUGCCAUGCAGAUGAUGCCUCAACAUGAGGCACAGCAGCAGAACUUGUAUGACAAAGUCCCGAUGGAGGACAUGGAGACAUAUGUGAACCAGGAUGAAUGCAGCAGCCGUCAACCGAAUCCCCAGUACACUCGCAUCAUUCUGCACAGGAACAUCGCCUACGGCGUCAAUGAUCCCAUGAAGCCCCCCUCAAACGAAGUCCUGAGCUACUCAAACGAUCAGAAUCACGAAUUCCAACAAAUUUCUCGCUUCCCAGAGAAUUUCCAGAAUUUGAGCUAUGAGGAAGCCAUGGCACAGAAGAUGAAACAGGAGGACGGAGACAGGCAUGGCUUUGAGAUGCCACAUCCCUUCCGAAUGGAGUCCAAGAAUGAGGACAUCUUCCUCGUUGCAGCGCCCCAAGACAUGGAAGACACGCCCAAUAUUUGCGAUGAUUCCGGGGAUAAGUAAAUCAAAUGUCAGUAUAUACCACCUGUUAUGUGUGAGUUCUAGUAUUCUUCUGUGGCACUGUCUAAAUAGAAUUUGUCGCGAAAUAA